AUGGAGGGACUCACUGCAAAACGGAUCGAUGCUAUUGUUGCAAAACUGUUGCAGGACAGAAACCUUUUUCCUCCAAGAAAGGAGAUCAUCACAGACGACGAAAUAAUGAUGUUGUGCGACACAACAACACGCGUUCUUUCACGUGAUCCAAGUCUCCUUCAACUCAAAGCACCACUCAAUAUCAUUGGCGAUCUCCACGGACAAUACUCGGACCUUUUGAGGUACUUUGAUGAGGCAGACAUUAACAACGAAAAGUUCCUUUUUUUAGGUGAUUUUGUUGAUCGUGGACCAAGAUCAAUCGAUAUCGUCGUCCUCAUAUUCUGUCUCAAAAUAAAGUUCCCUGACAGGUUCUUCUUAUUGAGAGGAAACCACGAGGUUCAGAACUUAAACCGUGAUUACGGCUUUUAUGAUGAGUGUGUUCAGCGAUUCAAUGUAGAUGUGUGGCGCAAGUUUUGUUGGGUAUUUGGGUACCUUCCUGUUGCUGCGUUGAUUGAUUCAUCGAUAUUGUGUGUUCAUGGCGGAAUCUCAAAAUAUUUGUCUGAUGUAUCGUUGUUGACACAAGUCGCGCGCCCAACGGAUGUUGCAGAGGAGGGACUUUUGUGUGAUUUGCUGUGGGCAGAUCCGUCUCAAGAACACAUGGGAUGGAAGGCUAACAUGAGAGGGGUUUCGUUUACAUAUGGAGAGGAUGUAGUUGAGAAUUUUAUGACGAAAAACAACAUACAGCUGAUAUGUCGAGGUCACCAAGUUGUUGAAGAGGGAUUUGAAUUUGCGUUCAACAACAAAGUCUUGACGCUGUUCAGCGCGCCGAAUUACUGCAACCAAUUCAACAACUGUGGGGCAAUGAUGAAGGUGUCCAAGAACUUGGCGUGCAAUUUUGUGGUGCUUCAACCCAAAAAUUGA